AUGUCACUCGAUAAAGAGAAAGGGGUAGUCGAAAAUCAAGAAAGAGCAGAUUACGAUCUAAACUCAACAACUUCAGGGCAAAUUCACCAUAAAGGAAUCAGAGGAUAUUGGGAUUCCUUUGUUGAUGGUUUCCGAAGAGCUCCUCCAGCAGCUGUGACUGGUGGUUCCUACAAAAAGGCAAUUUCCAAAAAUGAGUUGAGGCUAAUGUCAUUAACUACAGGGUUAGGCACUGGGUUGUUGGUAGCCUCGGGAGAUAAAUUACGUAUGGCUGGUCCUGCUGGUGUUUUGAUUGCGUAUGCCAUAACUGGGCUUAUCAUGCUUGCUCCUACAAUCUGUUCCGUGUCUGAGUUAUCCAUAGCGUAUCCUGGCUUACCAGGAGGGUUCCAAUCAUAUUAUUCCAAAUUCAUUGAUGAUUCAUUGGGAUUCUCUUUAGGGUGGAGUUAUGCGAUACAAUGGUGUUGCAUCAUCUCUUUGGAGUUGGUCACAGCAGCAAUGACAAUUAAAUUUUGGACAUUAUCGGUGAAUCCAGACGUUUGGGUGACAAUUUUUCUUGUCGUUGUGUUACUCAUAAAUCUUGGUGGUGCCAAAGUAUAUGCUGUGGCUGAAGGAUUUUUCAAUUCAUGUAAAGUUUUGAUGUUGUGCGGUUUUGUUAUAUUUGGAUUGAUUAUUGAUGUUGGUGGUGGACCUCAAGGGUUUAUUGGUGGCAGAUAUUAUCAUAAACCGGGUGCAGUUACGAGCUUUAAAGGAGUGGCAUCAGUGUUUGUUACUGGUGCAUUCUCAUUGGGUGGUUCAGAGUUUAUUAGUCUAUCAGCUGCUGAAACAAAGAAUCCAAGAACAUCUAUCCGUGCAGCUUCAAAGUUGGUUUACUUCAAAGUUAUCAUUUUGUUUCUUGGAUCAUUGACAUUUGUUGGAUUAUUGGUGCCUUAUGAUUCACCACAAUUGUUCGGAUCAGGCGAUAUCGCAACACAUUCCUCUCCGUAUGUCUUGGCGGCCGAAUUGAACGGAAUCAAAGUUUUGCCACAUAUAAUCAACGUUGUCAUUUUACUUUCUGUCACAUCAGUGGGAGUCGCAGCAAUGUAUAGUUCUCAACGAUUGAUUCAAUCGUUGGCCCAUCAAAACCUAGCUCCAAAGUGGUUGGAUUACAUUGACAAGCAAGGAAGACCAUUACGUGCAUGGCUCCUUACUGUUCUCACAUCAUUUUUCUCAUUCAUUGCUGCUUAUGAUGAUCAAGAGGAUGUCUUUGUCUGGUUGUUGUCCAUUUCGGGAAUUUCAUUUGUUGCCUGCUGGUUGUUUAUUUGUGUGGCACAUCUUCGUUUCAGAGCAGCACUAAAAUACAAUGGCAUUUCUACUGACUCGUUAGCAUACAUUGCUCCCACAGGUAUAAUUGGUUCUUGGUGUUCAAUUAUCAUCAACAGUUUAGUAUUGAUUGCUCAAUUUUGGACAUCAUUAUUCCCCGAAGGCAAGCCUGAUGCCAACAACUUUUUCAGAAAUUAUCUUGGAGCACCAGUCAUGUUGUUGUGUUAUGUUUGUCAUAAACUCUAUACUCGCAAUUGGCGAUUAUGGAAACCGGUUGAAGAGAUUGAUGUUAAUAAAGAUCGUGUUAUUUAUGACCCUGAAGUAUUAGAGUUGCAGAAUUUGGAAGAGCAGGAGAGGUAUAACAAGGCGCCUAUUUGGAAAAAGAUCUUGAUUGUUUGUUUCGAUUGA